AUGCUGGCAGAUCGCCAGUCGCCUCAGCCCGCUCCUGCCAGUACGUCGUCAAUUGACGGCCUCACUAACAGUAUCUCGGAGUUUUCCUAUGAUCCGGAGAACGGCGUAAAGUUUGAGUCCUGCUAUCGGCGUGACGAAGAGCUGUUCCGAGUCGAUCUCGCGUCCCAGGAUGACGCAUGGAAAGUCAGACUCCUUACCCGCAAACUGGGCCCAACCGAAUUGAAGGAAUACACAGACGCAAUCCUCCCCAAAUCCUCACUCUACUUUACUUUUGGUGAAAGCGUUCAAAAUCUCAAAAGUAGGUUUGGAGAACGCACCUCCUUAUUCAGUACCCGGUACCAAUGCCUCAAACUCGCAAUAGGAGAGUUUGACGAUUUUCUUGAUCAUCCAGCAGUGGUCAAUCGAGAGUGCGAGAAAAGUCAAUUCAAAUCAAUGACUGAUGACCAACUGAAACCUCUCAUUCUCAUAUGCAGUUUUCAAAUCCCUAAAUGCACGGGUCUGCGAACGCGGCUGCUACACUUGAUUGAUCAUAAUAAAUACCUACACUGGAGAAGCGUGCUGCAUGAUUCCAGAAUGGCCCAAGCUGGCGGCCGCAGUGCUCCUGAAGUCAAUAUGGUCCAACAUUUCCAAAAAACACUUCCCACUUCUUGCCCUCCCAGCCCUCCUCAGCGGAAAUCAAAAGGAGUAUCAGCCGAUACGAAUCGUCGAAGGAGAUCAAGGGGCACUCCUCCUUCCGCGUGUUGGCACUGUGGAGCCUAG